ACCCCUCCCCUCUCUCUCUUCACGGGUUGGCUGAACCCUCGCAUCACUCCCAACGCACUACUGUAGCUCCUCCCCCAACCUCCUAACUCCUUCUUCCGCAUCCUCCUCUCACAGCCGCUCCUCCCAUCAACCUCGUCGCUGUGGGUUGGACGGCGUUGUGUACGCCCGAACCGACAACUCCCUGCUUCACCUCCUCACCGUCGGUCGCAGACCGUUCACUGCCGGUUGUAAGGGUAUCGGCAAGCUUGAAAAUCCGAAGCCCCUUUCACGUCGCCGUUGCUCGUAAUACCUUCCAGUAACGACGGUACCGCUUCCUCCUUUCUCCUCCCUGCUUGACUUCCGGGUUGCAUCACAGCCCUGGAUGUAGAUCUGGGUAGAUCUGAGCUGCCUUCACCUCUAAUUUGGGGGUUUUGUAUGUUCCUCUCUCCUCUUGUUCAUCUUCUUCCUCCGAACGCCGAAUCCCUCCCUCUUCUUCCACCGAACGCCGAAACUGCCCCUCCUCGGUUGCCGCGGGUUGGACGGGCUUGCGUUCGGCCAAAGCAAGUCCUCCCUGCUUGACUUCGUCGCCGUCGGUCGCAAGGGCGUCCGGCCGAAGGAAGUCGUCGGUCGCCGAAAAUCCGAAGACCUCCUAAUCGUCGCCGUUGGUCGUAAACCCUUCAUUGUUGGUCGCCGGUUGUAAGGGCUUCGUGCUUUGUGUUGCCGCAUUAUUUGCUCUCUCUUUGCUUUGGUCGGACCCUGUCUUUGGGCCUUCAUUGGCCGAGGUUGGCCGAGGUUCGCGGAGCUUGCCCUCUGGUUCUUCAUUGUUGCUCCCCUGCUGUGCGCUUGCUCUGUGUGCUACUAUCAGAUGCGUCCCUUCAAAAAAGUUUCAAAGUCCAAACAAAAACAAAGUGGGUUGGCAGAUAACUCACCUAAUGAGGCUAGCGGUGGUAUUCGUAUUGAUACAAGAACAAGGAGUCAAAAUUGGAGCAACAUGUUGGAUGAGCAAUUGUUGGGGCUGAUGAGAGAUGAACAUACAUUUGGUAAUUGCGUAAAUGGGUCAUUCAUUCCGAUUGCUUGGAAGCGGAUGGUAAAUGAUUUCAACAGUCGAAACAAUUUGAACCUAACAAAGGCACAAUUGAAGAAUCGAUUUAAAGUGUUAAAAAAAACUUUCAAUUUGUACCAUUCUCUUGCCAAUAAGAGUGGGUGGGGAUGGAACUCCGACUUGCACAUUCCCACACCUGGUGACGCAAGAAUCUGGGAUUCUGUAAUAGCGGAGAACCCGGCGUACGCCAGGUGUAGGGAUAAGCCCUUUCCCGCCUACGAUGAUAUGGAAUUUCUUACCCAAAAUACAACUGCGACAGGAAGAUAUGCAUUUACAAGUGCUGUGGAGCUUCCCCCUAUAAUUGAAAGCUCCUCUGGGUCAUCCCCUGAUGAGGAUGAUAUUACUGCUGGCAUUGGAAUGACAGCUUGUAAUCUCUCAUCGGAGCCAUUUGAAGCAGGGGCAUCUGGGUGCGCUAGAUAUUCUAACUGUGAUGAAGCAAAUACGUCACGCUCCCCAAGCCCACCCGUAAUGCCUACAACUGGUGCAAGUGGUUCUGGUCAUAGCUCUGGUAGUAAAAGAGCUCGUUCUCCAGAGCCUAGCAAUAAGCAAGCACAAACGACAUCUACAUCUAGGGGAGGAAAAAAGAAAGUAGAUGCCCGGACUUCAGCUUUCCUUGACAUCGCGGAGCAGGGUAAGGAAAAGCUUGGUUGGGUGCGGCAACUAUGUCAGCUAGAGCUGCGCAAGAGCACUGAUAUGCCAUCGCAGAACCAAUGCAUGCAACGAGUGUAUGGGAUGACGGGGUUAAGUGAUGAUGAUAUCUUAGUUCUCUGUGAUGCGUUUAAGGAAGAGAAGAAUCGCAAUGCUUUCAUGUCAUUGAAUGACAGUCAUGCAAGAAAGUGGAUUGAGCGAGAAAUUGCGCAGCAUAAUCUAUACUAUAGUAGGUCGUCAUUUUCCGGGAUUUAGACAAAUGGUGUAUUGGUAGUUCAUCUUUAUCAAAACUCGACUUAUAUUGCGUGUGGACAUGCAUAUUUUCUAACUUGUGGUGGUAUUGGUAGUUCAUCUUUAUCUUAGCUUUGCAUAGUUUCUACCUUGUGGUGAUGACUCUUGAUUGUAUGACGCUUUGAUUUAUAUUUCCUUUACUCUUAUUAGAUUUGCA